AUGACUUCACUAUUUGCUCGAGCUGCCACAUUUAGAACAUUAGCACCAUCAUCAGGAUUGUCUAUUUUAACAAAUAAUGUCAACAACUCCUCAUUGGCUAUUAAUGAUGACAUCACUGAUGAAUACGAACACACUAAUACAGAAUUGAAUGUGAGUACAAUUUCAGGAAUAGACCAUGAAGGUUAUGGUUCAGAUAGUGAAUCAUCGAGUCAUUUGACACCAUUCAAUUCGCCAGCUGGUAUUGCAUUGGGAGAAAGGACACCAAAUGGUGAGAGGGAAUUACUUGUUUCAGAUUAUGGAAAUCACAAGAUUAGAAGAAUCAAAUCAGGCAUUAUUACAACCAUUGCUGGUUGUGGAGAGAGAGGAUUUAAUAGAGAUGGCUGUGUAGCCACUGUAUCCAAGUUGAGCUAUCCAACAAGAAUUGCCAGAUGUGAGAAUGGUGAUUUAUACAUUGCUGAUAGACACAAUCAUAGAAUUCGUAAGGUUUCUGCUGUGGAUGGAAGUAUUUCAACUAUUGCAGGAACUGGCAGAGAAGGUUACAAUGGAGAUGGAAUACCAGCCAUUCAUGCUGACUUGUACUUUCCAACAGGAAUUGCCAUUGAUGAGAGAGAACAGGAACUUUUCAUUUCAGAUUAUCACAAUAAUAGAAUUAGAAGGGUUUCUCUAAGGAAUGGAUUGAUUCACACCGUGGCUGGUUUUGGAGAGAAGGGGUAUGAUGGAGAUGGUGGGUUUGCAUUUUAUGCUAGAAUUCGUUGUCCAACUGGAAUUGCAGUGAAUCAGAGAGGGGAUGUCUAUUUUUCAGAUUCGGGUAAUAAUGUUAUUCGAAAGAUAUCAACUUGUGGAAUAAUCACCACUAUUGCAGGAACAGGAGAGAAGGGAUUUAAUGGAGAUCAAAUGGAUGCCUUAGAUGUCAUGUUGAAUGGUCCAUCUGGAAUUGCCAUCAGUCAAGAAGGUGAAAUUCUAUUUACUGACAUUUACAAUAAUAGAAUUUGUAAGAUUAAUAGGGAUAGAACUUUGGUAACUAUUGCUGGAACAACCGAGGAGGGUUAUCAGGAUGGUCCAGUUAGAAUGGCUAAAUUCAAUAAUCCAUCAGAUAUUGCAAUUGAUAAUGAAACUGGAGAUGUCUAUGUGGUCGAUGGAGGAAAUAAUUAUAUUAGAAAGAUUUCAACUACCAAAUAUCUGAAUUCAGGUGGAAGAAUGAAAAAGUAUUAUUGGGAUCGUGUGGAUAAUACUAAUAUUCAGGGAGUGAGCUAUCUCAUCAAGAUGGCUUCACCCCAAUUUUAUGAAUCAGUGUUGAAAUGUGACAUUCUGAAGAAGAUGAGCACAACUCAACAUGAAAUUGUACAAUAUUUAAUCGAUGAUAUAAUUUAUGAACCUGUCAAAAAUUGGCAAGACAAUUACGAUCCAAUAGAUAUCUUGUCAAUUUUAGGAUUAUUUCAAGGAUGUGAAUUUAUAGAAAUGAAAAAGUCACUUGUAAAAAAGAUUAAGAAAACUUGUUGUCAAGAAAAUAUUCACUUUAUGAUGGAAAAGAUAGAGCAAUAUAUUGAAAUACUGCCUGAUAAUAUAAUCCUCAAUCAAUUGUUUGAGUAUUGCAUUUGCAUGGCAGCUAGUUUUUUGAGAGAUUCACCUCAAAUUCUUCAACAUUCCAACAUUCUUAAACAUAUAACUCUAAUUGCUUACAAAAUUAGUGAGAGAACAACUCCAAAUAUCCACAUCCAAGAGAAUGCGAGCGAAAAGAAGAAUCUAUCGUCUCUUUUCAAUGAUAAAACGUCGAGUGAUGUUACCAUAAUUAUUGGAAAGGAGAAAUUCUAUUGCCACAAGACUGUUCUAUCCUCCAACAGUCAUUUCUUUGAGGAAUUAUUCAAAAAUAAGAAUAAUGAAAAGGAUACAUUUUAUGAGAUGGUCGAAUGCAAAGAUUUAAAGAUAUCUGAAAUGAUUAUCAAGUACUGUUACGACCUAUUAAUGAUUUCUGCUAUCAAAUCUCCUCCUGUUAAGAAUUCCUUACUUGAUUAUGCUAACUUGUAUGGAAUGAGAAAGCUUUCUGAUUAUUGUUCCCUCACUUUGAAUAAACAGUAA